AUGGCCCAUAGGAGUUUCAAUACUGAUACUACCAUGCCUGGAUCUUAUACUUAUGAGAAUUCCCUAUACAUGUACACACAGCGCAUUCUUGCCCGGUAUGGCAUCAACGAUGUUGCUUCUUCAAGAGGCAGUAGUGUGGUCCCGAUUGACCACGGUGAAAACGGUUGUCGAGGCGUUAUCGUUGACAAUAAGAGGUUUACUGAUACUGAACGGGCUAUGCUCGAAUCGAUCGCUGCUCAUUCGGCUGAAGAUCUCGACUGUGACAUUACGUUCAUACGGUGGGAGAGGUAUACGUUUGAGGAGCAGCUGAAGAUCUUUUCUGAGGCCAACGUGUACAUCAGUGGUGUCGGCACUGGUAUCACUCGAUCGCAUUUUAUCAAGCCUGGUGGUGUCGUUGUAAAUCUCGGUGAAAUGGACAGAUACGGAACCCCUCCCCGACUGCAACCAGGCUACAAGGACGUCCAAUUUGCCGUUGGUUCGCCACACUUGAAUGCGCUCUAUUAUCCUAUGAAGCUACUCAAUAUGUACGGUGAACUGCAACAGGAGGCAGUCAGGAAUCUGGUCAGGCAAGCGGUGCAACUCGUGCGGCGAGGAUUCCCCAUUCCUCGGCCGCUGAAAGAUGGUUUGGCACCGACCGGCCUUGCUAUGGUAGAGUACUGCGAGGCAAGCCCGGAGGCAUGCGAGGACCUCGGUGGUCAACUCAGUGUUGAAGAAGUUGCCGGCAAUAGU